AGGGACCCGCGCCUCAGGAGUGCGGCAGUAGUUGAGUGCUGUUACCAUGUCUUCUUUGCAGGCUGAUUUUGAUAGGAUUGCAGAAGAUGUGAGGAAGCUGAAAACAAGACCAGAUGAUGAAGAACUGAAAGAACUCUAUGGACUCUACAAACAAUCUGUAGUUGGAGACAUUAAUAUUGAGUGUCCAGGAAUGUUAGAUUUAAAAGGCAAGGCUAAAUGGGAAGCAUGGAACCUCCAAAAAGGGCGGUUGAAGGAAGAUGCCAUGAGUGCCUAUAUUUCUAAAGCAAAAAAGCUGAUAGAAAAAUAUGGAAUUUAAAGUUCAUCUAUGAGAAAGUUUUUCUUUUGAAGCCUUCAUAACGGUAUCAUUUCUUAACAUCUAAGGAAGAAAUGCACUGUUAACUCUUUUCAUGUCAUGAGUAUGUUUGCUGUUAACAUGAAUUGUAAUCCUUAAUUAGAGGUAUGCUGAAACUAUGUAUUUAAUGAAAUUUUACUUGCUAAAACCAGAGGAUUUUUUAAAAAGUAUUGCUCUGGUAGUAUGUCACAAAACAUUUACAAUUUUUUUUUGGCUUAUCUGUUUUUCUACAGUGAGUUAGUAUUAUUGGUAUAUGAUCAAAACAGUUUAUUAAGAACCAAUAACAAGGUUCUUCCUUUGUUGCACUAUGUAACUUUGGGAUUCUCACUGGCUUGGGGCCUUGGAAAUCAUAAGCAUACCUGGUUCCAGUCCAUACUCUGUAAUUCUUUAGUAGGUGACCUGAGAUAAAUUACUUAACCUUGCUAAGCCUCAUCUAUAGAGGGGAAAAAUCAGUCUCACAGGGCUGUAAGAAUUGAAUGAUUCUUCAGAUAAUUGAGAAUUGAUAAUUGAGGUAACUAAUUAUCCUACCUUCAAUUUAAAGCAUACAUUAUAUAAAACCUAACAACAAAUAAACUAAAAAUUUUAAAAAUAAACUUACGAGUCCACGACUAUUCAAAGAAAGAA